GGCAGGGAAAUUCCUCUGCCUUAGUCCUUCGGGCCAAUUCAUGUCUCAAUCUGAGGACUGAUCCGCCUUCCUCCUCUUCUUAGUCGAUCUAUCCGUUGGUGGUAAAAUUUCACCUGCGCUGCUCGUCCAUCCUUCCUGCGCAAUUCUCUCUUCCCACAGUCCCAUCAGACAACACCUCCCUGACGUUCAGUCCUUGGAAAAGGAAGUCCUCUUCCCAUUGAGUGUCAAUCAGUCAGUCAGUCAGUUGGUCCGUAAGUCCGUCAAGCCAUUCCUCUUAUUUAAGGAUAUCAGCCUCAUCCUGUUCCCUCAAGCGCAGUACAUGCCUCCGAAGGUCUCUCUCAUCUUUUCAGCUUCCAUCCUUGCUCGCUCCCUCCACCAGCGGCUCGUCCGCUCCAUCAAAUGGCGGAGUCCACCGUCCCUAGGCCCACGGGCCGCUCGUCCGUCCCCGAUCACAACACUCUUACCGACGAGAUGAAGCAUUCCGACCUCGAGAAUCAGAAAUAUCAGCCUGGGUCGAGCUCGGACUCCGAAGGGGAAGUGGACAGACAAAUUCAAUUGGAAGCAGAGAACUCGAUCAAAUAUCGCACGUGUAGCUGGCAGAAGACGGCAGCGCUGCUCUUCUCUGAAUACAUCUGUCUGGCGAUCAUGUCGUUCCCCUGGUCAUACUCUGUCCUGGGGCUAGUGCCCGGACUUAUCCUGACGGUGGUGAUUGCCAUGACUGUUCUGUAUACUUCAUUGAUCAUCUGGCGUUUUUGUCUACGGCAUCCGCACGUACGGGAUGUCUGCGACAUAGGACAGAUGAUCUUUUGGGACUCCAAGGUGGUCUGGUACCUGACGGCUUUCAUGUUCCUGCUGAACAACACAUUCAUUCAGGGCCUUCACUGCCUUGUUGGCGCAGAAUAUCUCAACACGAUCACCGGCCACGCCACCUGUACAAUCAUCUUCUCCCUUGUGACGGCGGUCAUCUCAUUCUUUUGCUCCCUCCCGCGGACCUUCAGCGCCCUAUCCAGAGUAGCAACCCUCUCCGCAAUCACCACCUUCAUCUCCGUCAUGCUUGCUCUCAUCUUCUCCGCCAUCGAGGACCACCCAGCCGGCUACACUCCCGCCCAAGGCGACCCCAUCGUGACGGCCGUUCCCGUCGCCGGAACCACCUUCGUUUCGGGCGUCAGCGCCUUCCUCAACAUUAGCUAUACCUUCAUCGGGCAGAUCACCCUCCCGAGCUUCAUCGCCGAAAUGCACGAGCCCAAGGACUUCUGGAAGUCCGUCACCGCCGUCACCAUCGCCGAGGUCAUCGUUUUCUCGCUCGUUGGCGCUAUUGUCUACGCCUACACCGGAAAUCAGUACAUCACCUCGCCCGCCUUUGGCUCAAUCGGCGACGAGACCUACAAGAAGAUCUCCUUUUCCUUCAUGAUCCCCACGCUGAUUUUCUUGGGUGUGUUGUACGCGUCGGUGUCCGCCCGCUUCCUCUUCUUCCGCCUCUUCGACGGCACCCGCCACAAGGGCAACCACACCGUCGUCGGCUGGGCUGCCUGGGCCGGGAUUUUAUGUGUCCUGUGGAUCGCCGCCUUCAUCAUCGCCGAAGUCAUCCCUUUCUUCUCCGACCUCGAGUCCAUCAUGAGUGCCCUGUUCGAUUCGUUCUUCGGCUUCAUUUUCUGGGGCACGGCGUACCUGCGCAUGCGCCGUGAGGACUACGGACCGGAGUUCUACAAGAACCGGGGGUGGAGAGGCUGGCUGGGAUUCAUCGUGAAUGUGGGGUUGAUUAUCGCAGGCUUGUUCUUUUUGGGACCUGGCACUUAUGCCUCCAUUGAAAGCGUCAUCAUCAGCUACCGAGAAGGAACAGUCGGAAGCCCAUUCUCAUGUGCCAACACAGGACUAUAAGAAGAUACGACCUCCCAGUAGCAAAAGCAGGGCACGAACUCGCGGACCUCUACCAGCUUCCUUUCAACUAUUAUAAAAGUUCUUACUUCAGACCAUGGGUCCCCACCUCUCCCUCUCUCUCUCUCCACUUUGGUUCUUGUUAAUUCUUCGAUGUAAAUAUAUAUGGGUUGGUUAUUCCCUGAAACAAUCACGCUAUCGGUCCCCUUUCUGAUCCCGGUCAAAGGAGAUGAGAAAGAGAAACGAUGGACUUCUUUUUUUUUUCUUUUCUUUCUCCUUCUUUGUAUCUGCAUUCGAGUUUUGGGCUAGGGUUGGGGUCUGGCUUUUUUUGGGAUUUCGAGUUAUGGUUUGGGCUUGGGCCUGUCUGUAUGGUCUUUCUGGCAUAGGGUGGCGGGUAUGUAUGUAUGUAUGUAAGUAUGCAUGGUGGACAGGGAUGAGUGAUCCUCUGAUAGUAG